CCCACAUCAGCAUCACCAACAUCACCUCAUUCCCGUCGUCGAGAUGGCGCGUCGUCUGCCAUGGAAAACAAAGAAAGGGGACGAGGGGAACGAAAAUGAAUUACCCAAAAAUAUCCCCAAAGCUGAGAGCCCCGCGCCGUCGGGCACCAAAACACCAGUGAGGCUGGCACGUCAUGUCGUGGCAACUACGCCGCGACGCGAGCAUGCCCCAUCAUCGGCUUCACGAAGAGACCCUGUCCGCAGCCCGUCCACUUCGCCCCCUCCCGCGCCUCCACAGGAACAGUUCAUGAUUCCCGGCCCAGACGCCGACGACCGCUACCGCAUGGUUGAGGAUGAGCUCCUCGCUGUUGCACAACGCUUUACCACGCACCUACACCGCGCGGAAUAUAACCGCCUGAAGGCGGCCGCCCGCGCGCAGGGCGAGGCCGCUGUCCGCGAGAUGGAGCGCCCCGUUGUCGCCCCGCCACUGACGGCCACGGCGCGUUUCCGUAGGGAGGCGUCUCGUCGCGGCGCGAGACAGCGGCGCCUGCAACAGCGCUCAGGUGCCGAGGGCAACGGCAGCGGGAGCGCGGCCGCCGCCGUAGACUUGCCCUGGGUGGGAACGAGUCUGCAGGGCCUCAUGGAGAGGCCGCGGAGUGAGACGAGGACUAUAUCGUCCUAUGCGUCGACCCAUUCGACGACCCGCGCCGCGGCGGGGUACCAUGCGUCGUCGACCACGGCAAAUGCAGACGCGGGGUCAGAUCACGCUCGGGAUGACAGCAGCGGCAGGGCUAAGCGCAAGCGUGACUUUGCGUCGCGGGCCGAGACAACGUCGACGACCUCUUCCCUAACCGCAGCAGAGGCCUCCAACGAUGCUACUGCUCACCGGCUUGCUAUUACUCCGCGCCAUCGUACCACGGCGGCGGCGGCCUCGACAAGCGGCCCAUACCACCGCUCAGCCGGCCGCACGCCCUCUCGCGGUAGCAUGGCACCAGACGCAGCCCAGGGCGUUCCCACAGGAAGCAGCGAUCGAGAGCGCCACCACGUUGUGGACCUGGAUGAAGAUGAAGAUGACCCUUUCGGCGUCAACAAACGCCGCGUGCGCCGAGAAAAGUCCAGAGAACAGAUGAGAAGGGCGGCAGAGAAGGAUUCACCAAAAAUCAAGUUAUCGCCAGAUACGAUACCAUCCUUUUUAUGAGAUGCUGGCUGCCUCCUCGGGCGUAGAAACUUCAUAUACGCCUGAAUUACACUAUUUUAAACGCCGCGAUAAGACUAUUGCUCCUGCAUCGUCAGCUCGUCAAAGUCAUCCAACAGUUCAUCCAUGUCGACCCGCGGUACGCCGACAUCAUCCCCGGCGUCCGUCUCCGUCUCCGUCUCCGCUAUGCUCAUCUCCUCCUCUUCACGCUUCUUCUCGUUCUUGUAUAGAGCCAUGGCGGCCCGCAGCUCCUCGUCCUCCUCAACGUCCUGCAAGAACAUCUCGUACUCGCGGUCCA